UAUGGAAUCCUCUCACAAAUUUGUAAAUUUUUUAGAGAAUUUAUCAAAAAGAUAACGUUAAAAAUUAUCUCUCAAAUCCACAGAUGAUUUACAAGAAAAGAAACCACACUCAACACAACAUUUAGAGAUAGGAAAUCAUCAUAAAUUACCUAAUUUCGAUUUCUCUUCUCCAAAGUUAAUGGCCAGUUGAACGAAAUUUUCUACAUCAUCUUUCACACAUCUAACGUAAGC